AUGGGCCCCCGUACCGACUCCUCAUGCUGCUGCCAGGCCCGUAAUCUGUCAUGGGCCCCUGUACCGCCUCUCAUGCUGCUGCCAGGCCCGUAAUCUGCCAUGGGCCCCCGUACCGCCUCCUCAUGCUGCUGCCAGGUCCAGAGUGUCUCAUGGGUCCCUGUACGGCCUCCCAUUGCUGCUGUCUCCAUCGCCACACUCUGCCAUGUGCCACUUUCAGGUCUCCUCACACUGCUGGUGGGUUCCAUUUUGUCAUAGGGUGCUGUAUGGCCUCCCAUUGCUGCUGCCUCCACCGCCACACUGUGGCUCCACACUCUGGUUUUGGCCCGUGACUGCCCAAAUGAGUGAAGUGUGCGGUGAUUCUAAGAUCGACGGCACUCAUCUGCAUGUCAUACUGACUGACAGUAUUAUUUCUCUUCCCCAGCAGACUCCAAGGGCAUUUAAAUUAAAGGUACAGUGUUCUGCACUAAUAUAA